AUGAAAUCCUCAAGUCUUCGAGCUCUAAUCGUCGUCUUCUUCAAUUUCAUAGUACUUGCAGUUUUGGCAACAGCGGAUCUUGACGACAGUGGCGCCACCAGUAUAGUGUUUGCUACUUUGGGAAGAUCAAGUUAUUCCUUUGACAUCUACUCCCUCCCAAUAUCUGGCCCAGCGAAUGAACUCAAACUCACUGAUGGAGAAUCUGUUAAUUUCAAUGGCCAUUUUCCCUCUUUUUCAUCAUUCUCCAGAAUUAAUCCUCUUCUAGCCAAACAUGCCCUUCCCUCUACGGAGCCAUUGCUACACCUCCUUUACGUUACUGAACGUAAUGGGUCAUCGUAUAUUUACCUGGAUUCGGUUUUCUACAGUACUGGGCCAAGAUCCAUACUUGAAGUUCCAACUGAGUCGAACGGGAAUUAUGAACGAGUGAAGGAGUUGAAGCGGGUUCAGACUCGAUUGGUGGGGUCGAAUCGGAGGGUAUCAAUGAAGGAUAGGCCGAGUUUAGUGGGUGAGAGUUUGAUCUACGUGUCGACUCAUGAGGACCCGGGUGUGCCACGAGCAAGUUGGGCUGCAGUGUACUCGACUGAGCUUUUGACUGGAAUAACACGGAGGCUGACGCCGAAACGGUUGGCGGAUUUCAGCCCUGCUGUGUCUCCGUCGGGGAUUUGGACCGCGGUGGCGUCGUAUGGGGAGAAAGGGUGGGCCGGAGAUGUUGAAGAACUAGGGACUGACAUCUACGUGUUCUUGACUCAGGACGGGUCAAACCGAGUUAAAGUGAUUGAGCACGGCGGGUGGCCGAGCUGGAGUGACGAUUCGACUCUGUACUUUCAUAGAAGAUGUGAAGAUGAAUGGUGGAGUGUUUUCAGGGCGACUCUCCCGAUUCAAAACGGACAACUCGGUGUUGGCCCGGUGGCAAUUCAGCGAGUUACACCACCGGGUUUACACGCGUUCACACCUGCGGCUUCUAUAUCAAACAAAAGUUUCAUAGCAGUGGCUACUAGAAGACCCGGAUCCGACUAUCGCCAUAUUGAGCUAUUCGACGUUGUUUCCAACGAAUUUACCCAAUUAACCCGACCCAUUUCACCAAAAGUCCAUCACUUGAACCCAUUUAUCUCACCGGAUGCUUCCCGGGUCGGGUACCACAGAUGUAGCGGUGCAAGCAAUGAUGAGGAGGGUAACAAUUUGUUACUUGAGAAUCUCCAAAAUCCAUUAUUACCCGGCGUUUCUUUAUUCCGGGUUGACGGGUCGUUUCCUUCGUUCUCCCCGGAUGGGGAACGUAUUGCCUACGUGAAGUUUCCGGGUGUCUAUGUGAUGAACCAUGACGGGUCGGGCGUACGGAGUGUUAUUACGAGAACGGCCUUUUCAACAGCUUGGGAUUGGAAAAGAAAGGGAGUUGUCUACACAAGUGUUGGACCUACAUUUGCUAGUGAAAGCACAAAAGUUGAUAUAGUUUCGAUAAACGUAGACGAAGAUGUCCCAAGCUACAAACAAUUGACCACCGGAGGUGAAAAUAAUGCGUUUCCUUCGGCUUCACCUGAUGGAAAAUGGGUCGCGUUCAGGUCUGGCAGAUCAGGUCACAAGAACUUGUACAUAAUGGAUGCUUUGAAUGGAGAAGCGGGCGGGCUUUAUAGGCUCACGGAGGGUCCAUGGUCCGAUACAAUGUGCAAUUGGUCACCAGAUGGAGAUUGGAUUGCUUUUGCAUCGGAUAGGGAAAAUCCGGGUUCUGGCAGCUUCGAAUUGUUUAAGAUUCACCCGAAUGGUACUGGGCUCCAGAAGGUGAUCCAAAGUGGUUCAGGUGGACGGGCCAACCACCCAUGGUUCAGCCCUGAUGGGAAGUACAUUGUGUUGACGUCCGAUUACGCAGGAGUAUCGGCUGAACCAAUUUCGAACCCUCAUCAUUAUCAGCCUUAUGGUGAUAUUUUUGUGAUCAAAUCAGACGGUUCUGAUAUAAGAAGAUUGACGCAUAACUCUUACGAAGAUGGGACCCCAGCUUGGAGCCCCAAAUAUAUGAAGGCCGUUGAUGUUGAAUGGUCUAAUGGUGGAUCACAGUGUUCAUUUGAAGAUUGCCACUGGCUUAAUAUAAACACUACUAGUACACCGGUUGUUGAGGAUCAUUACUCAAGCGCACCUAAAAUGCAAUGUGCUCAAUGA